AUGUGGUUGGUGAGCGUUAGGUGGGAAGAAGAGACUUUGCAGUGGCAGUCAACAAAAGCUGAUGAGCAAGUUCAAGUAGAGGAAUACCUUACCAACUCUACUGAAGCAGCAGGCACAGUUUCUCCAAACACAACUUGCUUCUGCGACACAUCUCAUGACAGAUUUGACACGUGUCAUCUAACUGGCGACAUCAGAAUAAUAAGCAACUCUUCAAAAAUACUCAUCUUUUCUUCAUCUUCUGCAACACCAACAAAUUCCACGUGGAAAAUAAAACCCUAUCCGAGAAAAUGGGAAGCUCCUCUCAUGGAAAGAAUCACAGAACUCACCAUCUCUUCAAACAUACCAAAUCCAGAAACGCCCACACCGCUCUGCACCCUCAACCACAGCACGCCAGGUGUCAUCUUCUCUUCAGGAGGUUUCUCGGGCAACUUCUUCCAUGACUUGAGCGACAUACUGAUCCCACUGUACGUUACUUCCCACCAUUUUCAUGGGGAAGUCAAGUUUCUCGUAAGUGACUUCAAUUCAAAGUUCAUUUCUAAGUAUCAGCGGUUGCUCGCGAAGCUUUCAAGAUAUGAGCUCGUCGAUCUUGGAAGUGACAACAAUGUGCAUUGUUUCCAUGAAGUUCAUGUAGGAACAAUUAAUAACAAGGAACUAGGCAUCGACACUACCAAGCCACCAUUUGGUUCCUCCAUGGAAACCUUCAGGGAGCUUAUAAGAUCAUCUUUAUCACUGAAAAAGAGAAGCAUCACAAAGAACUCAAAGAAGAAACCAAAGCUUCUGAUUCAACUAAGGAAAGGAUCAAGAGAGCUAGUUAACAGCAAAGAAGUAAUUUCCAUGGCCAAAAGCUUAGGAUUCAAGGUGGUAGUUUCAGGGCCAGAGGAAACAAAAAACAUUACAAGUUAUUCUGCAACAGUAAACUCUGCUGAUGCUCUACUUGGCGUUCAUGGAGCUGGUUUAACAAAUAUGGUGUUUCUUCCUCAAAGAGCAGCAAUGAUACAGAUUAUACCAUGGGGAGAUCUGAAGUGGGCUUGUAGAUUUUCAUAUGGAGAUCCGGCCAUUGGUAUGGGGUUGAAGUAUUUUGAGUAUGAGAUUAAGAAGGAGGAGAGUACGUUGAUUGAACAGUAUCCAAUGGAUCAUUUGGUGUUUACUAAUCCAAGUGAGAUACAUAAGCAAGGUUUCAAUAUGCUGUGGUAUUAUUUUCUUGAGAAGCAGAAGGUGAAGGUUGAUGUAAAGAGGUUGAGGCCAGUGUUAGUUGAGGUGUUGCAGUACCUUAAGUAG